AUGGGGACAGGAAGAGCUCCGGGUCUCACCUACCUCCUCCGUGUCGUACCUCACUUCGCCCUGCCAUCUGCGGUAGUCUACGGCUCGUUCCACGCCGCGCAAUCUUUCCUUUCGAUUCAUAUUCCGUUAUGGGUCGUCAUACCCGCCACUUUCUUUGCACGACCCUUCAUCUUCUUUGCCAAUGCCUACUAUUCUGAGUUUGCCUAUAAAUGGGCGGCAACUAGGCAGGGCGCCGUGCUCCCCCCGACUGUUCAAGCGUCGUCUUUCAAGAUCAUCGGUGACAUCGUUGAGACCCUGAAAGGCGGAUUUCCUGCCGAACACUUCCGCAGAUGGUCAGAAACGUAUGGCUCUACAUACCGAAUGAACAUGUUGAGCACCACUGCUAUCUUCACCGACGACCCCGAAUUUAUCAAGACGAUGCUUGCGACCCAAUUUGAUGCUUUUGAGAAAGGACCGCUAUUCCGAGAACAAGUGGAUUCUCUUUUGGGCACUGGUGUUUUCAACGCUGAUGGUCAAAUGUGGAAGUUCCACAGAUCGCUAACCCGCCCUUUCUUCACUCGAGAACGCUUGAGCGACUUCGAUAUCUACGACCGAAAUGGCGAAAAAGCUCUCACCCUCGCCAGAGAACGGCUUGCUCAGGGCCACUCCGUCAACGUCCAGGACCUCUUUGGACGCUUCACUCUCGACUCGGCGACCGGGUUUCUCUUCGGACACUCCGUUGACUCUCUUUCCGCCGGCCUACCCUACCCACCCUCCCUUGCGCACCUAAGCCCUGCGUCUUUCAACACCCACCCGUCGAACGCCUUUGAUACGAUCAAACCGUAUAGGGACAUCAUGGACGAUUUUGCGAGCCCAGUCAUUCAGAGAGCGAUACGGGAGUGGGAGAGUAAGAAAGAUAAGAAGGACGAAGAACACAACACGUUGUUGGAGAGUUUGCUCGAUCAGACACAAGACCUUCAAAUCUUGAAAGACGAGCUCGCGAAUCUCCUCGUGGCCGGACGCGACACGACGAUGGCCCUCCUUACCUUCUCCGCGUACAUGAUUGCCGAACACCCUCAGCUCGAACAACGUCUUCGCCAGGAAAUCUAUGAGAAAGUCGGUCCUACAGGUAGGCCAACGUAUGAGAACAUGCGCGAGAUGCGCUUCAUGCGAGCCUUCCUCAACGAGGUUCUGAGGCUUUACCCCUCCGUUCCGAUUAAUAUGAGGAGGAACACCAGGCCUGUUGUCGUACCCAGUAAGAAGCCAGAUCAACCUCCGAUAUAUAUUCCUGCAUACACGACAUGUAUGUACGCUGUGGUCAACAUGCAGCGACGAACAGACCUCUGGGGCCCCGACGCGCACACAUUCGACCCCGACCGCUUCCUCGAUGAGAGGCUGCACAAAUACCUAACCCCGAACCCGUUCAUCUUCUGUCCUUUCAACGCCGGGCCGAGGAUCUGUCUCGGGCAGCAGUUCGCAUACCACGAAGCGACGUUCCUCCUCGUCCGCCUCCUGCAACGGUUCAAAGAAUUCAAGAUUGACAAGGAAGUGACCAGGCCGCCGCCAGCGGCGUGGGCGUCCGCGAAGGACAGGAAGAGCGUGGAGAGCAUUCAUUUGAUGUCGCAUUUGACGAUGUUCGUCCCAGGUGGGCUUUGGCUCAGGAUGAAGGAAAUCCAACCUAGCGACUUUUGA